AUGGGCGCCGAAAGCGCACGAAGCAUUUACACCAGGACGCCCACUACUGACAGUGAUGACAACCUCUUCAAACCCGACGAAGAUACUUCUAGCUUAGUUUCUGGUAAAGCAGUUCGUCUCCCCAGAUUAGUGCUGUCAAACGUCGAGUCUCGACACGCUUAUUUGUCUCCGUUUUCUCGAAAUGGCCGUGUCGGCGACGGACCAGUACGCAAUUGUUCGGUCGAGAAGGACAUGAAAUGCAUUGCACACGGUGUCGACCAUCUCUCCUCGAUGGAUACUCCACAAUAUGCCGAUAGUUCCAUGCACUCUAUGCACGACCUUGACUCACUUUCGUCCUGGCACCAGCCAUCGGGAAGAUUUCAAGGUCGAAAACAAUUCGUUCGCCUUUUCUCCUCGAAGGUGGAUUUACUUACUCGACCCGAAGAGCCCAUCAACAUCGUCCACUGCUAUGGCGAUGUGCCAAACUGGGAGGCGAAUAUGGAGUAA